AUGGAUGAUGAUUUUCGUUUGUAUGCUGUAAGUUGGAGGAAAGGUGGUGCUUAUUACUUCGUUUCUGAAACUUUGUACCAUAAAAGUGGUAAAACAUUUGAGGAAAGACGUACUUUAAUGGCUAAAAAGAUAAAAGGUAGUCAGAAAUCGGAUUCGGCAAAAUUCGCUGAUUUGUUUGUUCACAUAGGUGACGCUGAAAUUAAAGGUAAUCUUCCUGUCGAAGGAAUUUUCAAUACUCAAUUGUAUAGAGAGAGUUUGAAUGAUGCAAAUGACCAACAAUUGGAACAAGAAAAUCAUCUACUUAAAAUUAUCAAAAUUGAGAAAGCUCGAGCUCUGGCUGAUGCCACAGAAACUGAGCAAGAACUAGCAAGAAUUAAAAGCAGAAUCAAAUCAUUAACUAAUAUUUAUAAUAGCCAGAAGCACCUAUACGAUGAUCUUCAACGAAAUGACGAAAAAAAACGAAUUGAAACGAAAAACCUAAACAAUCAAAUCAGUGAUAGAGAAAAAUCUUGUAAGCAAAUAAAGAAAGCACUCGAGAAUGAUAAAAAACUUACUGAAAAGCUCGAACUUAAUUUGGCAAAACUUAAGCAACAAAUUUCUGAAAUGCAGCAAAAAAUUCAACAAUCUAAAUUGAGCGAAUUAGAGGAAGAGGCCAAAAUAAAUACUCUAAUCCAUGAAAGAAAAAAACGCAAUAAGGAGCAAAAAAUAAUGAAGGAAAAAUUCGAAAAAACUCUCAAUUCACUUAUGCGAAACGCCAAAUCAAAAGAAGAGAGUGAUAUUUUAGUUACGACACUUAAAAAAGAGCGUCAAAAGCAAGAAAUUAUGCUAGAAGAAAGAGAAAAAGAACUGGAGAAACGGAAAAUUUAUCUGGACAAUAUAAAAUCGAAAUUAUCAAAAGCUGAAAAUGAAUUAAAAAUAAUGAAAGAGAAAUGCUUACAGAGUGAAAAAGAAUGGAAUCAACUGCAAAACGAGAGUAAAUUGGGCAGUUUUUCUGAUGUGGAUAAUUUUUCUGAGAUCCUGAAAAAUGGAAAAAAACUCAUUCGUAUCAGCAAUAUGCAAAAUCACUCUGAUGAUGAAGUUUUGCAAAAGCGUUUGAAUGCAAACGUAAGGAUUUUUCUGUAA